CUGCCUGGAAGGCCCUCCUCUUUGACUAAACGCUCUCCGCCACACUCCAGGCAAGGAUGAAGUGGGCCGCCUCCUUGGGCCUGUUCCUGACCCUGCUAGUCGUCGGAACAAACUCCGCGACGAUAACGACGAACGCGCCCACGGCUCCAACUGCGGAGAACAGCGACCGGAGAGUGGUCUGCUACUGGAACAGCUGGUCCUACUAUCGGAAGGGCAAAGGGAAGAGCCUCGUGCAGAAGCUCGACACACGGCCAUGCACGCACCUCGUCUACAACACGGUCGGUAUACGUGGCGCCGAAGUCGUCUCGUCGGACCCAUGGAACGACUACUCAGACAGCGGAGGAAACGGCAACUUGCGGCGAUUCGCUAACCUGAAGAAGCGCAACGGCGCCCUCAAACUGCUUGCGGCGGUGGGCGGCCAGAGCCUCGGCUCGGUGCCGUUCAGCAAGGUGGCUCUGUCCGACAAGCACCGCAAAGAGUUUGCCGAGAGCGGCGUCGCCUUCUGCCGCGAGCAUCGCGUCGACGGUCUCGUCAUCACCUGGCACUACCCGGCCAGCGGGGGCGGCCGGCCUCAGGACAAGGACAACUUCGUCCUCUUGCUCAGGGAAAUGAAGACAGCAUUCAACAAAGCCAAGCUACAACUUGGAGUCGAUCUAUCGGUCGCUAGAGAAAUUGUCACCAACGGUUACAACCUGCCAGAAAUAUCAAAGAACGUGGACUUUAUGACCGUCAACGCAUUUGACUACUGGGGCGUCUGGUCAGGCCGAACUGGUCCCGUCGCUCCCUUGCACGGCUUGUCGGAAACUGACUACACUACCGCCAGCGUGUCGUACAGCAUCAACAGCUACCUCAAGACGGGUGUGCCGAGAUCGAAGAUCGUGUUGGCCAUCACCACGCUGGGUCGCACCUGGACGCUGAACGACACCACCAACGUCGGCUACGGCGCGUUCACCUCGGAAGGCGGCCAGGCGGGCAACUAUACCAUGACGUCCGGCGCUCUCGGCUACAACGAGAUCUGCGAGUCAAUGAAGAAGGAUAAGUGGGUCGUGAACUACGACAAAGGUCUGAAGGCGUCCUAUGCAGUGCUGCUGCCGACGUGGAUCAGCUACGAGGAUCCUCAAAGUGCCAAAGACAAGGCCGCAUUCGCACGUGAGAAAGAGCUGGGAGGAAUCGCCAUCGUCACCCUGGAUACGGACGACUUCGAUGGAAAUUGUGGAGAUCCCCUUCCUAUCCUGAACACAGCCGCCAAAGAAUUCCUAGGCACUGAAGACGAAAGCACAUAGGGAGAGACAGCUAGGACCACGCAUAAAACUGAAGCAGUUUUCAAUU